UCCCUGGUGUUUGAGGGUCGACUGGACGAGAUUGAGCUCUUCAGCAGCAAAAAAAAAAAAGGAGAAGAAGAAGCAAAUUGUAUAUACAGUGAGAAUGAAGUUUGUGGAUUGGUAUGCGAAAAUAGCAGUUGGAUCUGCUUUAGUUGGAGCUUCAAUGGAGCUAUUCAUGAUCAAGACCGGCUUCUAUGAUAAGGUGACUGUUCUGGAAUCAGAGAAGCGGGCUUGGGAGAGCUCCUCUGAAGCUCAGGCAAUUAGAGAAGCUUUAAAUCCUUGGAGAAACCAUGAUGCAGAAGCAAGAAAAAAUCCAUGAAUUUUAGUCCUGGCACUAAGGUUCUUAUUUUUGCAAGUUUUGUCUCUUAAUGGUUUACCUAUAUCUUGGGACCUGAGGCUUGUUACACAGAACAAUAUAAAUUUUAGAACUAGUUUGUCUAUUAAUAUUGGUUCUUUAUGUUUUUAAUUUACCUUUAUUUAUUUUUAGACCAAUGCCCUUCAUAGCCCUGGAGUUUGGCAAUGAUGCUAUUUGUUCCAUAUUUUACUGUAAUAUUUUAGGAGGUCAGAGAAGAUCAAUAAUAAGUCAUGGGAGAUACAAUGAAAAAAAAUUUUGAUGUGACUUUUUA